UCCUAGAGCCAAACCACAUUUUACACAUUAAGGAACUGUCUCCGGUAAAGUGACGCUGAUACUAACACAGGAUAGAUAAUAUUGUGCCGUCUUGGUCAUUGUUUUCAAAUUGAAGUUGUUUAAAUCGUCCGUCAAGAAACCAAACGAAUUAUUUUGACAUUAGAGUAAUAAUUUUCUUAUACUUUAUUUUAAAUAAUGUGCCUAAAUCAUUAGGGUAUGUCUUCUUUGAAAUAAUAAGACGAACACAAUUCCGGUUAAGUCAACGGAGAACUCAAUUGACAUGCACUUCACGGACUUCAACGGAGUACGGUAACACAAGCCUGGCCUGUGGAGAGCCACCCACACACACGGCGUGAAAUCCACACCCCCUCAGGAGUGCAGUGAGGGAGACAAAAGCACCAUUGUGCAGAUAGAGGGAUGGAGGACAGGAGGCUCCUGCCUCUAGAUGGAGGUGGCAAUCCCAAGUGCUCCGCCUUAGCAGAUAAAGAAGAUAAAGUGGUCAGGAUGGAGAAGGGUGACCCAGAGACCUCAACACAAACGCGUGUGAGAAAAGACGAUCUCUGUGAUGUUCCUCGCAAGGUGCCUCGUUUCCAGUACGUGGAUUUCCCUUCCCUGCACCAGUGCAUCCAACAGCUUUCUGUGCCUCCACUGAAUGGUUGGCUGGGAUCCUGCUCGUUGACAAAGGCGGCAAACUGUAGGCCCUCCAGUCCUAAAGAAAAGGUGCCCAAGUUUAAAUACGUGGACUACCCAUCUCUCCACCACUGCAUUCAGCAGCUGUCUGUGCCUCCAUUAGAAAGCUGGAGCGCAGGGCUGGUCCGCUUUAAUGCAGAGGGGAGACAGGAAGUGUCUGGAUUGCAGAAGAGGCCCUUUCAACCUGGGAAUGUGAGGAAGAACCAGAGGAAUGAGGCAGGAGUUCGAGACUGUGAGAGUAGAGCUACAGGAUUUUCUUUCCCGAUAGACACACACACCUCAGUCUCAGGCAAGGAGGAGAGGCCUCAACACAACUACAGCUCAGAGGCUCCACAGAAGUUAGAGGAAGGUAACGUAAGGUCCUGUGCUAUGAAACCAGAAUCUGGUUUGCGAUUAGAUUGCGGUUCCAGGUUAGAAUUUGGGUCUGGAUCUCAGAGUAACACAGCGGUGGUGAGAAGCGACAGGCCGUCGGUUAUUAGCAUGGUAUACACAGAUAAGCAGAAGCACUGGACAAAGGCUGAGCCCCUGGAAGAACAAUUGAACUCUCCAGAUUCAGUUGGACGUGUACCGUGGAAUACCCUCCCAGAGUCAGUCUGCCCAUUCUGCCAACAGAUGUUCACAAACCCAGAGCAGUUCAGGGCUCACCAGAGGAGCCAUAAAGAUAAGAGACCAAAUUGAUGUGCAGAAGAACUGAGUGAGAGCUGCCUUUGCAAACAGUUAAUGCCACAUACCAUGGAAUCUUAUCAUCAGAGGCCUUCUUGUGUUGUGACUGGCUAUAGUGGUGCUUUCUGGCAGGACUAUAGGGAGAUCAAAGACAUGAUAAACACAUUAGACAGUUUGGGUUCAGACCUAUUUAUGAUUUAGAAGGGUCAAUAUUUGGACCAUCAGAUAUGAUGGGGUUUCAGCUCGAGACAGGGGAGCUUAGAACCAGAACCAUAUAAUAUGAGUGUUUCUACAGGGGUGGGUGAAGCUCGAUGAACUGGUGCAUAAGAGGAUACAUUUUAUUACAUAUGAGUUCACCACACUGUGCAUGGUGGCAGGCUAAAAAUUAGCUUUUGGUGCCUACAAAAUAAUGGCUAUUGUUAAUAAUGUUAAUAAUGCACAAACAAACAGGCUUGUUAUUGAUUUGUUACAUUAUAGCUUUUUAUUGUUUUGUAUGUUUUUUUUAAUGUUUUUUGGAAAUCAAUGUCAAGUGGCUUUGAGCUAUAGCUUUAAAUAUUAAAAAAUGUGUAAAAAAAAA